GCCGAGUGUGUGCAGCAGCAAUGGAUGGAAGAUCCACAAAUACCCAAUUACCUGUAUCAUGUCCUAGCCUUCUGUUGGUCUGACCCUUUAAACGGCUCUAUAAUCACCUCUCUAAUCCCCGGCAUCUUUUCUUGCCUCCUCCCUCAUGCUCUGCUUCCCAGGCUAUUUCUGCUCAUUUCGCGGUCGCUUGUAAAAUCAAACACCAAUGCAUCCAUGAACAAGACCAUCAACAACAACAAUUACGCAUCACAGCUCGCGGACGACUUCAAUCGGUUCUAUAUUCACAUCACCGACAGAACCCUCCAUCAAGUAGGCAACUACCGAAUUGCCCACGAAAUCGGUGAGGGUUCAUUUGGCAAAGCAUACCUUGCUCACCAUGUUCUUCUCAACACACCGGUGGUGUUGAAAUCAGGUCUCAUCGACGACCCCAACAUCGUCCGCGAAAUCUACUACCACAAGCAGCUCAAGCACCGUAACAUUGUACGGCUCUACGAGGUGAUCAAGACCGAAACCCAUCUCUGGCUUGUGAUGGAAUACUGCCAGGGAAAUGAGCUCUACUAUCUCAUCUACGAAAAUAGAAGACUAGAGUACAAACAGACCCAACACCUUUUUUUCCAGAUCAUCCAGGCCACCAAGUACGUGCAUCUGUUGAACCUAGCGCACCGAGACUUGAAGCUCGAAAACAUUCUCCUUGCCGAUAAGAAGAAAUCCAUCAUCAAACUCACCGACUUUGGGUUCGUGCGAGAGUUUAGCCCUGCGUCCCGCCGACUUUUGCUGACGAUGUGUGGCACCACCGUGUACAUGGCGCCCGAAGUGCUCUGUGGCCAGAAAUAUAACGGGUUUUCUGCUGACAUCUGGCUGCUUGGUAUCAUUCUCUACACGAUGCUCUACGGGCAGAUGCCGUUUGAAGAGGACGACGAGCUCCGUACAAAGUAUAAAAUCAUCCACGAGCUGCCGACG